GGGCGCCUGCGCACUGGGCCCGGAGCUAGCGGCGGCAGCAGGCUUUGUGUGUGUAUGUAUGUGUGUGUGCGAGUGUGUGUGUGCGAGUGUGUGUAUGUGUGCGAGUGUGUGAGUGAGUGUGUGGAUGCAUGCAUGUGUGUGUGUGUGUGUGGAUGUGCGUGCGAGUGAGUGCGCGGCUGAGGAGGGGAAAGCGAGAAGGGCCAGGGCGCGCUCCAGCAGCCUCGCUCGCCUAGCCAGCACCAUGUCGGGCCGGUCGGUUCGAGCCGAGACCAGGAGCCGGGCCAAAGAUGAUAUCAAGAGGGUCAUGGCGGCCAUCGAGAAAGUGCGCAAAUGGGAGAAGAAGUGGGUGACUGUAGGCGACACGUCCCUACGGAUCUAUAAGUGGGUCCCCGUUACAGAGCCGAAGGUAGAUGACAAAAAUAAAAGCAAGAAGAAGGGUAAAGAUGAGAAGUGCGGGUCCGAGGUGACCACCCCAGAGAAUAGUUCAUCCCCAGGGAUGAUGGACAUGCAUGAUGACAACAGCAACCAGAGCUCCAUAGCUGAUGCAUCACCGAUCAAACAGGAGAACAGCAGCAACUCUAGCCCGGUGCCAGAACCAAACUCGGCAGCACAAGGGGACGGCCCUGAAGCAAAGUCUGACGAGGUCCAUGCGGAGCCUAAGGAGCAGGCUGGAUCAGAAGAUACUUCUGAUGAGCAGAAUUCACAGUCCUCGAUGGAAAAUUCAGUGAACAGUUCAGAGAAAGUUGAAAUGCAACCCUCUGGGGACAACGAUAUAACCACAGAAGCAUCAAAUAACUCUCAGGAUUCGGAAGGAGCACCACCUUCUAAAAAGAUGAAACUAGAGGCUUCCCACCAAAACUCUGACGAGAUUUAGACACGGAAGUCGAUUUUUCCCAUCCCGUUUUUACCGAAGGUACACCGGUGGGGGCUUAAUUCUAGAACACCCUGACCUACGCAGCUUCUCAUGGAUGAGAACAGAACUCCUAACUUUAUAAAGUUUACUGAGCAAAAAAAAAAAAAAAAGAAAAAAAUUCCAAGGAGACCUAGGAAGGUGUGACUUCUCUCAGACACUGAAAAAAAAAUACAACAUGGAACACUGUUUUAUUUUAUUUUAUUUUUUUUCCUGUGAAAGCAAACGUUCAGAAGUUCUAAGUUACUGUCUUUGGCAAGGUUGGAGUCAACAACUCAGGAGGGUCUAAUGCACUGUUUCUUUAAAAAAAAAAAAGGUCCCGGUUACAUUUGCGUUGCUGCUGUAUCUUUUCGUUUCUCUAUUUAACCGUGUAAGAUAUUUAAGGAUGGUACAAUUCAGUUAUUUGCUUUUUUUCUUGCUUGUUCCAGCAAUUCCAUCUGCUUUGUUUUUUUGUGCCUUGUGUCCCUGAGAACAGCUCUCGAGGUCUGGUUUUUCCCCCUCUCCCAAUCCCCCACCUCCAGUUGCUUUUCUUCUUUUGCCAAGUGCCCUCUUGUUCCUAGGCUGCUGCCAGCUCAUUCAAGAUCCCUUCCCCCUCCCUGCCCUACCCCUACCUCGAGAGGAGCAGAGAUGGAGGAAACAUUGGCCAUUUUCCCCCUUGGAGAAGCCCAAGGAGUCUGAGGCUGUAUGCACAUGUUUGGGGUUUGGCCCAUCUAGCCCCGAGCUCUUGGCCCUGGCUCCUUGAGGUCUUAACCUGAGACUGGUGGGGAUUUUCUCUUGGGGUCGUGGGGUGGGGGGAGGGGAGGCUCACCACAGGUUCUCCCAAAGUGGCCUCCUUCCAUGCCCCCAUAGGAGGGGUUUCUGGCUGGGGAUGCUAUAAUAGUUCCCCAGUAUGCUGCUCUUUUUAAAUCUCUCUCUCUCUCUCUCUCUCUCUCUCUCUCUCUCUCUCUCUCUCUCUCUCUCUCUCUCUCUCUCUCUCUUUCUCUGGGAAGCUGAGCUCCAUCCUGGGAGACACUCCCCCCACCCCCCUUCCACUAGCCAUAGCCUUGGGACCAGGUUAAUGAUUGUGCAAACUCCUCCUUUAGACUUGUCCCAGCGCUUCCGAUCCUCACUGGCCCUGAAAUGCAUCUCUCAGAUCUCCAAAGUGGAAAAUGGCAUGAUUUUUUUUUAAUUGAUAUAUUCUUUGCAGGCUCUGUAUCAAGGUCUGAGGCUGGGGGAGGGGGAUGGGUGGGAUGGGGAGAGGCCAGGAUGAGCUGGUGCUGACCUCACCUUUCAUAGGACGUUGCUUGGGUUUGCAAAUCCAGUCACAUGCUCUGUCCUCUGCCUCCCCCCAGCCCCCCCAGCCUUCACCCUUCCAUUCUGCCAGAGCCAAAUCUCCCCUUUUUUUUGUUAAUUCCUUCUGGUCCGGCAGAAAGGGCAUCCUUCGGACAGGUAAUGCCUCCACUCCAGAAAUGGGCUCUGCAUGGAGCAAGUGGAGACCUUUGCACCCUGUUUGGAGAACAGCGGUAGCAAUGGCCCUUGCUCACCUGCAUCGGUACAGGUGACUUGUUCAAACGCAGGUGCCCCUUCUGGGUAUGAUUAGGAAAGCUGGCUCUUCAACCCCAUCUCCCCGCCUACUGGCUCAAGUAGAAUAGAGGCCUGUUCAGUCAUGGACUUGGGAAUCCCCUCCUCUUUAGGCAAUGUUCUCAGCCUUUUCUCUUACAGCCUUUCUGGUUGUGGAUUCUCUCUGGACUUCCGUCCCCUUUACUCCGGUGACACCUCCGCAGGCGGCUGACCGCCAUCAACCUCGAGCGUCUCCAGGCUUGGUUUUCUAUGACUUUCCAAGGGGGUCUGGCUUUUCUUUUUUAAAUAAGUCUAUUCCUGCACUUCGAGAAAAAAAGUUCAAAAAAGGAAAAAAAAAAUUCCUGCAUUUCAAAUACCUCAUGCAAAAUUUCUCCUUAAAUAAAGGGAAAACAACUCAAUCUUGAAUUUUGAGUCAGUGAUGCUCAAAGAGUAGCUGUCUUUUUAAAACUUAAAAAACAAACAGAUCCUUGUAUCCAUGAAUUUUUCUCCCCUGAGAAGUCAUUCAUGCUGUGAGAACUGUGCAUUGCAAUGUCUAAAAAAAAAAAAAAGGAAAUUACCUUGAUCCCCCUUUCACUUUGUGAGGUGAAAGGCUUUUUCUGCAAACCCUGUAAGACCUUUGAUUACAGCUCAUCUCCAUUUAGAUGAAAUGAAGGUGCAUUUAGAGCUUUCCUUUUCUUUUGGGAGACCAGAGGUUCCGGUACAGACAGCCAGAGGAAAUACUGUUUGUUUGGUUUUGUUUUUUUUUUUUAAAGAAAGGACACCAAGUUCAUUGGGGUUGUUCACAUCUCUUCAGCAUCAUCCCCUCUUGCACUUGACCGAUGGAGCGAGGAUGAAACUCUGAGACCGUCGCUAAGUCUUUCUCUGAAGUGCCUGAAAGUAGGAAUGGACCCGCUGCCACACUCGGGGAAAAGGGGGUCUUGUCAGACCCCAGCAGUCAGAAGGGCGCUCUGAAAGACAUGGGCAAACACAGGCUGGCCUGCCCUGGGCUUGACGGUGACCGAAAGUUCUUCUGCUGACCACAUUUUAGAAAUAGUGCAAAAAUCCAGAUGUGCUUCCUGGGCGGAGCUCACGGUCCUCACUGACCACGCCACCCCAUCGUCACCACAGCCACCGCCAUCACCCGUCAUAAAGGAGCCUGCAGCUUGAGCUGGGGGCAGGGAGAUAGACCCAAAGGCCUUCCGCAGAGACAGAACACUUGGCCAAACUGGCCCCUUCCCCUCCCAGGAUGAACUUGAACUUGUUCCUUUGGGUGAGGGCCUGUUUUGUGCCGAGGACACUGCAGCGACACAUUCCAAAUAGUGCUGGCACUUCAUGAAACCAACCAUCAAUGACCCUCAGGGCAGUUAGGGUCUCUCUUUUCUGGGUGGUGACCUCCUUUCAUAAAAGUGUAAUGGUUUGGAAUGUUUGUUAUCUCUAAGGACCUGUUAGAAGGUGUAAAGAAUUUUUUUUUCAAUACCUAAUUGGUUUUUUUUGGUUCAUUUUUUUCCCCCUUCUCAUGAUUUUUUU